AUGGCACAGAUCGCGAUGGCGCAGAUCGCUCUGCCCACAACUGCUGGCUUUGGCUGCACCUCGGCCAAAUAUGCCGACGCCGUCGCCUCGUACCCCUUUUCUUCUACUCCUAGAAACUCAAUUACAUUUACCAAACGUCCCGUUACGCCUUCUUGGUCGACGUCUUCACUGAUCACCGAGAGAUUUCACUCGCCAAAGGCCGCCACCAAGACUGAUGUCGCGGCGCCGCCCGCGUCUCUUCGAGACCAUAUUGACGGGAACCCGGCCAACGACGGAUAUGUUGACGCAUUUGAGUCCGAUUCCGACGACGAAGCCGCCGCUCCUGCAGCAUCUGGUGACGCCGAGCGUUCCGGCUCCGCCGCAAUCCUCGCCGCUGACAGUCGGCUUCGCCUUGAGGGCAACCUCGAAGAACACGGCGACUACCGACGCUGCUGCGAAGCCAGCCGAUCAAAAGCCAGCGGACCAGAAGCCAGCCGCUCCAAAGCCAGUUGGUCGCAAGCCAUCAACAAGCAGAACACCAAGGCGAAGAAGCCCUCGGUCGAGGUUGUCAAUAUUGACAUGGACAAGAAGACGACUCAUCGGAUCAAUCCGGAGCAGAAGCGACCAAAGCAGUCGAAGCCGGCGACAGAGGAGAUGUUCGAUGAUGAAGUCUUGUCCGAGGGCAGAACUUUUAUGGACGUCCAGCGCUUCUUCAAGCGCGGAAACAACAUCGACUAUCUCGAGAAGGACACCCCAUGGGAAUGCUGUGGUUGUUUGGCUCAGAACUCCCGGUUCGAGUUCCUGUGCUCAGGCUGCCACACGCACUCCAAGUGCUCCGGCUGCGAGCGGAUCGAGGACCGCAACCUCUUCACCGACAGUUACGCGUUCGACCGCAAAUUUAUUGUGAAGCGUGCACCCGGAAGCAUUCUCCUCAAGUGGCAUCUCCCAGAUCUUUGA